AUGCAACGUGCUCCCGCCAGUGGAGGCCAAGCGGGCCUUGUGGCAGCGGUGGAGCCCACUGCGGCAGAGCGGGUUGACCAUGUUGGCAAACUUCUCGCCGAAUAGAAGCCCUGGCCCGCCUUUCUGCACCUCGCAGCUCGAGCAACGGAAGAGUGGGAGGCUUGCCCCAGCCCCGUACAUGAGGCUCUGGCAUGGAUGGCGAGAGCUACGGUUGGGGUGCUUGACAUUGCGAGCGCAGGGCCCUUAGUGCCUGUAUGCCAGGCAUUCAAGGGGUUGAUCGAGGCUGCAGAAGGUGCAGCGGAAUCCCACGACAAGCUGAAAAGAGGUUGAUAUCCCGGUGCGCUUUCCCUCACCACCGUCUUAAUUCAGCAUGACCGAGCGGUUGGUCCGCUCGCCCACGUGCAGAAGCCCAUGAAAGACUUUGUCAUCACGACCAACAAUCUGGCGGCCUUUGCGGCGAAGUGGACCAAGGGCGGCAUGUGCAGGGCGGUUUUGAUCCACCGCAGCGACCGGCCCACUCUCACCGACUUCGAGGAGGGUCUGCGCACCAUCAGCAACGACAUCGCCUCGGGCUGGAGCAUCACCAGCUCUUGUUGGCCGUGCAUCGCCAGUUGCUCCCUCCAACGUUGCCGGCUAUGGCCUCGGUACCUCGAAGCGCGAUCGCCCUGACCGAUGGCCACAUUUCACGGCCUUCGUUGCUCGGGAGCGCCGUCGAUUACCUCACGAGCACGGCUGUGGGCGACGUGCCCUGUGUGCUGACCGGCAUAGCCGGAGCGGGAAAGUCGGUCCUGGCGUCCGCAGUUGUCCGAGAUGAGAAGGUCCGCGAGCGCUUUCAUGCGGGCAUAUUUUGGUGGAGGGUGGGUCGUGACGCGAAGAAUCAACCCCACGAUUGGUUGGAAGGGCUUGCGUUGCGAGUGGCGUCAACGUCAGGGACUACUGCCCCCGGGCUUGGCAGCGUGGGAAAAGUGACGCUUUACCUGAGAGCGGUAUGAGCCGACUCCGUGUCACCGCGCUUGUUAGUGCUCGACGACGUGUGGGAGCGGGAGAUCGUUGGCACCCUGAAGCUGACGGGUCUGCAGCUGCUCGUAACCACGCGCGACCGUUCGGUGGUGUCGAUGCCGGGAGAGUGCGUGGAGGUGAGGGAUAUGCAGGAGGACGAGGCCCUGGAGGUACUGAGAGUCGGCUGCGGGGCAUCCGAGAAUCUCGAGUUGCCGCGUGCUGAGGCGUUGCAGGUCGUGAGUGACUGUGGGAAGCUACCACUCUCGCUUGGCCUCGCCGCACCGCUGCUCAAGGGUCCCCCACAAGAUCCCAAGUCCUGGCGAACUUUGCACGGGGCUUUGAACAAAGCGAUGACAACAAGGCUGGGGAACGACUGCAUAAUGUCCGUAUCGGAAAGAGUAGAUGCUGUCUUGGAAGUGAGCUUGGGCGCCAUGGCAGACGACCCAGCCAUGCGGAAAAGAUGCCUGUUCCUUGCGGUACUCGCCCCGGGGACGUUGGCACCGUCUGACAUGCUGGAAGAUUUGUGGGACGAGGUGCGGUGGGAGAUAUUGGCGGAGCAACGGGAGUAGUGAACCCCGUGCGGGAGCCAUCUGUUACUGACCGUUUGGUUUUGUUGUCGCAUUGGUGCACAAGCGGGCACGGCCUGUCUUGGUUCAACGUACAGGGAGCGUGUGCAGGUAGUGUGUUGCUAUGAAGUAUUGCCCUCUGUAUUUUCCCUGCGCUUGUUUUUGAUAUUUGGGAAUACGACACGACAGGGUAUACCCUGGUCG